AUGCUGUCCUUUAAUAAUGAGAACAAUAACAAAAGCAGCACUGAUACGCAUCCAGAUGAUUCCUUCCCGUUAUACACUGUAUUCAAAGACAAUUCUAUACCCAUGGAGGACAAAAUGGCACUGCUCACGCGGUUUAAAGGCCAUGUAAAAAAGGAGCUAGUCAACGAAUCGUCAAUCCAGGCCUAUUUUUCUGCGUUACUGUUCAUUUCUGGCCAUUUCGCCUACCGUUCGUACCCGCGGUUAAUCCUACUAUCACACUCCUCGCUUUGCUACCUAAUCAAGCGAGUGGCCAUGCAGUCUCCCUUAAAAUUUAAUGACACUCUAGUUGAGCAAUUACUGAAUCACUUGAUCUUUCAAUUGCCUAAUGAGAAAAAGUUCUGGCUAGCAUCUAUCAAAGCCAUUGAAGCAAUCUACUUGGUGAAUCCAUCAAAGAUCCAAGCCAUUCUGGCAAAUUUUUUGCAAAGACCAAAUGACAAACAAAACGAAGAUUACUUGAACAGGAUAAAAUCUACGUUACUGACUAUCGAUGAACUGAUCCAGAUUAAUGAGAAAAACAAUUCAAAUCAUCUGCAAUUACUGCGAUUUUUCAUGCUAUCGUUCACCAAUCUUUUAAACAAUAACCUAAAUGAGCAUGCAAAUGACGAUUACAAUAACAUAAUAAUAGAGCUUAUUUUUGAUAUAAUGUACAAGUAUUUGAAAACGGACAACGAGGAUUCUCAAGAUUUGAUAAAUGGAUUCAUCAACGACUUGGAAGUAGGGAAGUUCAAACAGAAGUUUGUUAGUUUAGCAAGUUCACAAGAUCAGUGUGGAUUGCAAGAGGACAAGUCCGCAUUGUUCGAUGAAGAGUACGAGUUUCAAUUGCUGUUAACUGAGGCGAAGUUGCCGCAGUUAUCAAACAACUUAAGCAGUAAAGAUUCAGUCGUGAAAAAAAACUACGAGUCUUUGAGCCAACUACAACAGGAUUUAGAAAACUUACUGGUCCCGUUCCAAAGCAUAAAAGAAACGGAACAAAAUUGGAAACUAAGGCAAUCAAAUAUAAUCGAACUAGACAACAUCAUAUCCGGCAACGUCCCCAAAGACAACCCAGAAGGAUUUGUUACCGCAAUGAGGGAGGUUCAAUUAAUUGAACUGAUUUCAAGAGCCACUUCAUCGCUGAGGACAACAUUAUCAUUAACGGCGUUGCUUUUCCUCAAGAGACUAAUUCAUAUUUUAAGUGACCAUUUGCCCUUAUCAAUAUUGGACCAAGUCUUCGUCAUUUUUAAAAACUUAUUAUCCUCUACUAAAAAAAUUUCUUCACAAACUGCAUUUCAUUGUUUAAUUACAUUGAUCAUUGAUAUAAAUCAUUUCCACAAUAAACUAUUCCAGUUGUCCUUCUUAUUAAUAAAUGAGAAGACGGUAGCACCGAGAUUUUGUUCUGCAAUACUGCUGCGUAGUUUCCUAAUUAAGUUCAACGACUCCAGUCUCCUAUUUAAUAAUUCGACCAUGACUUCCCCAACUUCAAAGUUGGAAAAUAAUCUCAUAUACAUUGAAGAAUGGUUAAAAAAAGGAAUUUCAGAUUCACAAACAACGGUGAGAGAGGCGAUGAGAAUAACUUUUUGGUAUUUUUAUAAAUGUUAUCCUACAAAUGCUAGAAAAUUACUAAGUUCUUCCUUCUCACCACAGCUCAAAAAGGCAACAGAAUUAGCAAUCCCCACUCAUUUAAAUAUAAACUAUCAAGUUUCUAGAAUCUCAUCUACCGCCUCUACCUCCACCACGGCGACUCGCUUAUACGCUCAAUCUUCCAACGCUUCUUCAAGAAGAGUUAGUUUACUGGAACAGAAAAGGAAUUUUCCAAGUUAUGCUCAACCGACGCAAUCAUCCUCUACUGCCCUACUCAACCCUCCUUUGACCACAACAGGUGGAAAUGUUAUCCCCAAUAAGCUUUCGAAUAAAUUGAAAACAAACUUUAGAUCAACUAGUGAAUAUUCAAGUAAAGAGAAUGAAAAAAGGGCAAGAGAUCAGGAUAGUUCAUAUCCUGUUACAAACAGUAGCGCGAAAGAUAAUAAUAAUUUUAUUAAAAGAAAGGUUAGUGCACCUCCUUCUACUGCCACUACAAAAACGCCUGAAAAUUACAAUAAUCUAGACGACUUUUCUUCAAACCAGAUUGAUUUGACUGACGAAUUAUCGAACAGUUACUCUAAUCCUCUCAUAAAAAAAUAUAUGGAUAAGAACGGCGUUUCAAUUUCAUCUUCUCCGAUUUCAAUGCAAGGUGGUAACAAACCUGGUGAAUACGAGGCCCUUUAUAAAAGAUUCAAUGAUGAUUCUUUUUUGACCCAAUUCAAAGAGAUACUGCAAUAUUUAGAGAAGGAACUAUUGUCGGAACCACAGCAAUCAUCAUCCUCAAUAUCCGUACCAAAAAUCGAAUUUGCUAAAAUACUGAAAAAGCUACGCCAAAUUAUGAUAAAAUCACCACAUGAUUUCAAACCAUUUCUAAAAAUACCGAAGUUUAUAAAUGAAAUUCCCAUAAACUAUCUCCUUGAGCUAUAUGCUAUUAUUGAUUUUGAUUACAUGGAAAUCUCUAAGAAUAAAACUAAUUCUGACAAGCCUCAUGAACUAAUCAACUUGAUUGUAUCCAUUGUGGAGCUAUUGAAUUUCUUAAAUUCCGGCAAUUGUCCAGCCGACUCAAAAAUAUACUAUAUGAAAUACAAAACUGUGUUCUUCGAUUACAAUUUCAAGCUACUAUUAGAAAUUUUCCGUAAAUUGAAUAGCAAACAUGAUAACACUUUAAAACUAAAAGUGAACGAUCUGAUGCCCAAGUUAUUGAAUUGUCUCUUUCAAGUUUAUGGCAAAGAGUUUGACUAUACAUGUUAUUUCAAUUUGAUUUUUGAAAUAUAUAAAUUUCAUAAUGAACGCUUUGAUAAGUUGUUAACUGAUUUUGACAUUGUAUCCACUAAGAUGAAAAUUUGCCAUGAACUCGAGAAGAAGGACGCUAGCUUCAGAAUAGAAAAUAUUAUUUCGAGGGAGAAUUCUGUAAGCUUCACCUCCAUUGACAAUAAGAAAUUUGAAAGAGAUGAUGACUUCGACGAGGCAGCGGACGACGAAAAUGAUGUGAAAAAAUACAUGGAAAUGACAAUGAUUAAUCCAUUCAAGAGCCUAGAAACUGAUAAAACACUGGGAUUAAAAAACAAUGUUGAUCAAAAAAGAACAUCAAGCACAGAUAGUGUGGUUUUUCAUGAUGAUAAUGAGAAGGAUAAAAAGCUCUCAGAAAUGACAAAAAUUGUAAGUGUUUACCAGUUAGAUUAUCCAAAUCCAGUAAAAGAGGAAGAAAACGAUCAGGAUAUGGAUAAUUCGCCAAAAUCAGAUCUAAAUUUAAGUGAGAUUUUCCAUAACAGUAAUGAUAAUACCGAAAAAAAACUGAAAGACGAUAACGAACCAACCGUCAAAUUUAGUACAGAUCCUCCAAAGAUAAUGAAUGAGUGUAAAAAAAGUGUUGAAAACGAAAACGAGAAACCUGAUUUGGAAACCAUGUCACCAAUAAAAGGAGACGAGGAUGAGAAUAUGGAUCAAAAGCACAGAACCACUGUAAAGAGAGAGAGAGAGCUAACCCUAACUGAACAAGAUAUAAACUCUAAGAGACUAAAGUUGGUAAAUAACAAGAAACCCGAAACGACAAAGUUUUCUAUUAUGGAUAAUUUCUUGAAGGAUUCGUUAACUGUAUAUGAAAUUAGUCAUCUUUUAAUGGUCGAUUCUAUUGGUAACACUUCAAUGGAUUCCAGUGUUUAUUUCAGCCACAUGCUGAAAGCUAUAAACAGAAUCAAAAGCGGUUCCUUCACUAUGAAACAUAUAAACUACCUGAUCGAACCCUUAAUUAUAUGUUUUCAAAAUCAGAAAAUGAUCAAUUGGUUGACAAAUGAAAAUGGCUUUGAUGAACUUUUGGCUGUUGCUAUUAUGCUUUUGAAAUCCACAGAUGAUACGCCAUCAAUACCAUCGAAAAUCUCCAGUAAAUCCAUUAUUCUUGUCCAUAGUCUUUUAGUUUGGAAGAAAUUUUUGAAUAAAGUAGAUGGAAAUGCCGAUGAUGAUGGAGUUUCAUUAAGGAUGUCGUUCGAGGAAGUAUGGGAACAAAUCCUUUUAAUGCUUAAUAAGUUUUCUGACUACGGGAAUGAAAUAUAUAAAUUAGCACAGGAGUUCCGGGAUAAUCUAAUGCUAUCAAACUUCUUUAAAAAACAUUCAGCAACAAGAAUUCUAAGCAUGCUGGUUACAGAAAUUCAGCCAGAUACGGCCGGUGUGAAAGAGACCUUUUUAAUGGAGACCUUAUGGAAAAUGCUGUUGUCUCCUACCAUUUGCCAGCAAUUUAAGAAAUCUAACCUCUCAGAAAUUAUCCAAACAAUGAGCUAUUUCACUAUGGGGAGUGAUAAUACCUCAUGGAACUUUACUAGUGCUGUGGUCUUAGCACAUUGUUUAAGACUCCUCCAAUCUGCUCCAGACUCUACUGAACAAGAAACUGAACGGUUAUUCGAUUGCUUACCUAAAGAUGUCUUUAAAAUGAUUAUGUUCAUCGCCUCAAACGAAUAG